UUUCUUUCCACCUACACAAUGGGACUUCGUCAACGAUUCAGUCGUGGAGUGCCUGCUGCAAUGACGUCCACCAAGCCAGCUCGCGGCUCCUUUGAGCCACCGAAGCCCAAGACUUGGGACUACUACCUCCUCUUGGCAUUACUUGUCUUUCCAGUUCGCGCCAUCGUCUACGUGGCCCCAGUGGCACUUGUAGUCCUUGCUUUAGACCAGUGGCAAUGGUUUCAUCCUACUCCAUUGAACCCAUGGGUUGCGACCCCACUGAUGCUGUACUGUUUUGUGGAAGUCGUGUUCACGUUGUAUCAUCACGUGUCCAAAACGUCGUUGGCUUCCCCCCAAGCCAGCCCCCCACCGCUUCGCAAACAAUUUUCCCAUCACACAGCCCCCCACGUGGGGCUAUUCGAGCGGUGCAUGGCGGAUAUUCCUGACGUCAAGAUAUUCGUGGAAGAGUGGUUUUAUGGCACACCACUUGAACGCCUGACAAGACAUGACCUUCGACGGUGGCUCGCCUACGUGUUUUACUCGGAUGAUGUGCCCACUGACUGCCCCAAGUACGACUGGACGGCCAUCGACGCCAUGGUGGACCAGCUCUACAUUCGCGCUGGGGUUCGGGAACCAUUGGCAGGAGAAGGCCAACUGAAUUCAUCGAACCCGUGUAUCCGCCACACCCUGGACGAGUUUGAAUGUGCCGAGCGCCCAUUGAUUGCUUACGUCGUUACCAUGGGUAUGGAUGUGCUGGCGGCAUUGGUGCUGGCACAACUGGGCUUUGAACGUCAUGUGGUGGGCACCGGAUGCAGCUACUGGUACCGAGGGGGUAGUACCCCCAAGAUGUCGGCGGAGGAUCCGUCAGAGGAUCCUGUUGUGUUUGUACACGGAAUUGGGGCAGGAUUGUUGAUGUACAUCCCGAUGGUGCUGCGUAUGGCGGCUGAGUGCCGUACGCGGCAACUGUUUUUACUCGAGCUUCGGUAUGUGUCGAUGCAGCUGGAAGCAAACGUUCCAUCGCAAGAUGAUACCCUGGGGGCGAUUUCGCAUAUGCUGGCGGCGCAUGGCGUCGCUUCAGCUCAUUGGAUGGGCCAUUCGUUGGGGUCGGUCGUGUGUAGCUGGGUGUGCAAAGACGCGCCCCAGUGGGUCUCUGGUCUGACGUUGAUCGAUCCGGUCGUGUUUUUGCUCUGUCGUCGGGAUGUGGCAUACAAUUUUCUGUACCGCGAGCCCACGACGGGGCUGCAAGUGAUCAUGUGGUACUUUGUGUCGCAAGAAUUGCACAUUGCCCAUGCCAUUCGCCGACACUUUUGGUGGUACAACAACAUUUUAUUUCCCGAAGAACUGCCCCGACACUGCUCGACAAACGAAGUGGCGGCGUCGAUUUUCCUUUCGAGCUGCGAUCAAAUCGCCGAUACCCCCGCAGUCCACGCGUUGCUGCAACGAGGGGUCCAGGCCAACUCGCCGGACGAACCCCAUGCUUCUAUUCGCGUGACGAUGUGGGAAGGCCUGACUCACGGCGAGUCGCUGUUGCGACCUCACUACUACUCGAUGGCGUUGGCUGCACUGCACACUUAACUUUUUCAGGCUUACGUGAAGCCCACACGAUGUAUUUAAAUGUUAACUCGGGAGAUUUGCACUUUCACCUC